AUGGCAAUUCGUGUCACGUUGGAAUGUGGACACACGUCAAUGUUACGUAUGCGCACCACUCCUGAGGGUUACACGCACGAUUGGGAGGUAUUUGUGCGCGGAGCGGAUAACGCAGACAUACAUCACUACAUCGAGAAAGUGGUAUUCCAUUUGCAUGACACAUUUCGAAAUCCUAAACGAGUACUGAAAGAACCGCCAUUUGUGGUGAAAGAAUCUGGAUAUGCAGGCUUUAUAAUACCGAUUGAAGUUUAUCUGAAAAAUAAGGAUGAACCAAAGAAGUUUCAGAUAACAUACGAUCUUCAUCUGCAACCGAGUGGUCCACCCAUCAAUAAUGCUAUACGUCAUACAGAAGUGAUUCGUAAUCCAUCUGAUGAAUUUAGGAAAAAACUAUUGAAGGGUGGAGGUGUUGUAGUAUCCAGCAGAGACGGUUCAUUAGAGAAGAGUGACGCGAAAACCUCCACAAUGGUUGGCAAACCAAAGUUAAAUGGUAGUGAGAGCAAGAAACAUCGCAUUACUGAGGCCAAAACUUCAAACUCCUUUCACGAUUUGUUUGGUCCUCCCAUAAAAACAGCUAAAAUAUCACCCGAUAACAAAAAGACAAGUCAGUCUGAUAAAAAUUUAAUUCCUAAACCAGUGACUGUCGCUGAAAAAUCCGACAAGGUAGAUAAAUCAAUUAAAGCAAAGGAGAGUCCACAUAAAGACAGUAGGAAGGAUAAGGUGGAUGAGAAGAAAGAUAAGAAGAUUAGAGAUAGUUCUAAAGAUCAAUUCAAAAGUAAAGAAAAAUCGAAGAGACCUCCCAGUCCGGGAAGUAAAAGUCACUCGAGUCCUGGGAGCAAGAGACCAGUAUCACCUGUUACUUCGAAGAAGCCACCGAGUCCCUCUCCGCCAUCUGCGAAGCGACCACCAUCUCCCAAGCUGAAGGAAAAGGAUGUGAAGAAGAUCGCACUCGAAAAAGAGAAAGAGAAAGACAGCAAGGAAAAGGAUAAAGCAAAAAUCAAUUCCAAGAGCGAUCUAGAUUUAUCCAAAUCCGAUAAAAAGAAAGACCGGAAGAAACACAAGGAUGAUCGAGACAAGGAAAGGAAGGAUAAGUAUAAAGAAGCGGAAAAAAUUAGUGUUAAAGAUAUCGCGAAAUUAAUGGAGAAGAAACCCGAGAAAACGGACAAGGGAGAGAAAUUGGAUAAGGAAAAACCUCAGGAAUACAAAUCGUCAUCGCGGGAUGGUAGAAAAUCUCCGAAGCCUGUGAAGGAAGGCGAUAAAGUGAGAGAUGAUAAACCGGUAAAGGUGGAUAAACCGGAGAAAAGUGGUGAGAAAUCUGAGAAAGUGAAAGAUGGUAAGAGCGACAAAGACAGACAGAAACACAAGCACAAGAAGAGAGAUAAGAAAGACAAGCGAGAUAGCAAAGAUAGGGAGAAAAAGGAUAAACAAAGGAGCAAGGAAUCGAGCGAAAAACAAAGUAACGUACCCUCUGCCCCAGCCGGUAACACGUUGUCUACACUGUUAACGGAAAUCUCAGAAAGAGAUAGCAGUGACUCUGCACCGUCACUGGAUGACGAUUCCUUACCCGAAAAUAAGCCCAUGACUAUUGCGAAAAAGGAAUCGGAACAUUCGAUAAUACCUACCAUGUCUACGGAAACGUCCAAGCCACUUUCUCCCGGUAUAUCGGUUGACACAAAGAAAGAGAAGAGCGACCGUAACAGAAGAGACAAAUCCAAAAGCAGCAGAGGCGAGGACAGAGAAAAUCGUAAGCGGAAGAAGAGUAAAGACGACGAGGAGGAAACUCCGAUAAAGAGAAGGGGCCAUUCGACGUCACCAGCUUUAGAGCUUGUCUCGUCGAGUCAAUCACCGGUCGCGAUGGACCAUGAUUCCGGUCAUCACUUGGAGAAGGAAGCGAAGAAGGAUAUGGAGGACGAUCGCGUUGUCGAUAUGGACGAACAAAUGGCGAAUGACGUCGAGACGGAUGUUGAGCAAGUGGCGCCAGACUCCACGAAUAAUACCGACGUGGACAUCAACGAGCCGCCAGUGUUCACCGAGGAUUAUCUAUCGGAGCUGAAGGAUCUGCAGCGAAAUAUAAUGACAUUGCAAGAUAACGAGGAGCUGCACAGAGUAGUGCAGGUAAUCGCGGAGACCGGCCAAUAUGAGAUUACGAAAAAGACGUUCGACUUUGAUCUGUGUGCGUUGGAUCGUAGAACUAUACAUCGUCUCCAACAGUUUUUCUCCACGUGACUACCUGUAGUGUAAGGCAUGACGUGAAUUUACAUACAUGUAAGAUGAUAUUUUAAAUUAUACGAUCUUUGCGAAAAAUUUACUUACAAUUAGUGAACUGGAAGAAUGAUAAUAUGUAAGACUCCAGAGGAACUAUACAAGUGCAUUUGAAGUUUGGCGGUUUCAUUGCCGUAAACUACGUAAAUUAAAUGUAUCAUCGUUAUAGUGCAGAUCUGAAACUUUCGUGAUAAUAAUUGUAAUGUGUAAUGUAAUGUGACAUAAUAUCUAAUUCUUGGUCGCAAUUGUUUUGAGACGUCAUCAAUAAUGCUUAUCAGUAACUUCAUCAAAUAGUAUUUGAAUAUCUGUAUCAAAUUUGAUGCGAUAAUGGUAACAAUAGUAGCAAAUUAUCCAUUUAUCAUAAUUCGAUAAUUAUUUAAUGAAAAGUAGUAAACAUGUAGGUUUUAUUUAACAUUACAGCUCUCGCAGCUAGUCUGAUCUAGUUUCCUUUACGAAUGUCGGAUAUAAUUCAUGACUUUUUAAUAAUUUCUCUUUUCUAUACAGUGAAAUUGCAUGAACAUUUUGCAUCUGGCAUAAACGAAAUCCAAGUACGAAUCACGUAUGUGAUUAUGAAUACAAGUCAUACAUAUAAAAAUAUAAUGCAAUACUCCCUGGUAAAGUUACUUGCAAUGUUCUUUUGGGGUACUUAGAAAUAUCUCUAAGAUGCAUUUAUUAUACUAUGAAAAAGAAUUAAUUUCAUAUAAACAUGUGCAUCAUUGUUGCAUUAAUAUAAUGACAAAAAUGAUUUGAAUGUAGACGCACGCACCUAUUUUGUAUAAUAGAGACAUUCAUUUCUUUUCUUUUGUUGGAGUAAAUGCCUGCAAAGGUUUACUUAUUUAUAUAUCAUAUUUAGAUUGUGUGGUAUUUAUUAAUACUUUUGUACAGAUCACAUACUUUAGAGUACUGCUUACCUUAAAUACAAAAACGGUGAGUUUCGUAUUUAAGGUAACGUUCCAGAAUAAACAGAGCGUGUAUGCACUUGUAUAUUAUGUGUGUAUUAUAUAACGUAUAAGAAAUGAAAGGGUUACAUAUGACUCGUGUGAUGUUCUGGUAUCCUAUAAGAAAUGCUAGAGAAUUGUUUCUUUCAUCCAAAUACUUCUCGCACGCAGACUACUUUCGAAGUCUUAUUGAUAGAAUGUAUUAUUGCCAGAUCAAUUUGAUUCUCAUAUGCCUGAAAUGAAAACAUUUGGUAAUUUGCGCGCAGAGUAUUAAGAUAUUUUUUAAAAACAUUUUUAAAAGAACGCAUUAUUUUCUUUAUCGACAUUUUUCAUAUGGAAUAUUCUUUGAACAUUAUAUCAGAUCGCGAAUUGAGUUCCUUGCAUACACAUUAUAUAAACUGUAACUUAAGUUUCCCAAGUUUUUUGGCAACUUUUCAGUAUAUUCUUUAUAUUGAAUUAUCGAUAUAUCUUAAGAGAUCUUAAAAGAUAUAAUUUAUUUAAUUUAAAUAAAGAAAACUUGCUACAUAAACCGGAAACUUAUGUUGCGACCUAAUAUAUAGGCUGAAUAGGCUAGAAGGCACCAUUAUUAAUUCAAAAUUAAAAUACGUCACGUUAUGCGUCAUAUACAUCAUUAACACGUACGCUUAUCAAUUUUCUUUUUCUGCCUUUUAUUACUAACUCUUUUAAGGUGAAGUAAAUUUUGCAUUUGAUAAGACUGGCGUACGUGUGUGUGUAGAUUAUCAUAUACGCGACGCAAAAUUCUUUUUUGACUUUUACUUCGCAAAAUAUACACGAUCUAUCUAAUCCGCGCAACAUCGAGCGUGUAGUACAACUAUAUGUAACCCUGUGUAAUAUUAAAAAUCAGUCAUGAUGUUAUGUGCAAUUGAUACAACAAAUAGUGUAAUGUUUUGAUAAUAUUAAAGAAACAACAGAAAGUGUACACAUUAUACACAACUAAGGCACUAUGUAUAGUUUUGCGGUAUAUCGUUGUUUUGUAACGGAAGGCCUGUUUAUCUUAGCUGCACAUUCUAUACUCAAUUUUUAUCUUUCUUUACUUUGCCUCCAAUUGUAUACUUAUUUGUUUGAUUGACAGUAUACUUAUCUUUCAGUUUAAGUGCAGCUGGGAAGAACAGAGCGUGCGAAUUAUCACGCGGCUAUGUACCAAGAAAUGCAUCGUCGAUUAAAUCAAGUGUGUGCGUGUGUAUGUGUGUGCGUGUGUUUUCGUGUUCGAUUGAGCAGUAACACGAUAUCACGUUAUCUGGCAUGCAUCAUCAAGAGAUUAGAAAGAGAAAGAAUGUCUUUUCAAAUGGAACAUCUCAUCUUCCUUUCUAAAUAUCUCUUUCUCUUUUUCUAUUAUAGUAACAUUUUUACAGUAACGUACUUUAUUUUCCUUUUUAAAAAGAUCGGAAAUGUACGAUAUAUAUAUUUCGCGUUCGUUGAUUAUUAAUGCGUAGAAGCUUUACUAUUUCUUAGUUGAGAGUGUCAGUAUAAUUCUGGAGUUUAUGAACGCCUUUAUUCCAAAGAGACACAUUUUCGUUCGUGAAUCACCGAGCCCGAAACGUUUGCAAAUUGUUUCAAGUUCUGAUACUUGUGUUAUCACUUGAAAAAUGUUGCUGCAAGAUGUUGAAACGAGGUCGGAUGUAUACAUAUGCUCGUGAAUUCGAUAUUACAGUGGAUAUAUAGUUUUGCCAUAUUCUGUCUGCUAAUAAACUAUAAUGUAAGCACAUAUAUAUAUAUAUAUAUAUAUAUAUAUAUAAAGAUUAUUGCGAAAUACCAUAAUUUAAUCACAAUUUAAUUCUAUCGAUAUUGCGUUAUUCGUUACUCGAAUUUAACCUUCUGCACUUCAACACCAGUGUCUUAUCAUACAAUUAGCUUCAGUUGCCGCAAGAAUAAGUAAGAGAAUAUUACUUAACCGUUAUGUGUUAAUUGUGCGUGUAUUUUUUACAAUAGUACAUUAAAGCACUUUUUCGUCUGUCAAACAGUAGCGAGAUGUUCUGUACAUUGAAAGUGGCUGAAUUGAAAGAUACGAAAUAAUAUGAUUUCUUUUUAGAUGGCUUUUUCAAAUCCGGUAAAGGGGAUUUUUGUGAAUGAGAUUUUUGAUGAAUUGUUAGCCUGGAGAGUAACACUCGUUUGUGCAACUGAACAAACAAAUCUGUGUGGAAGGUACAUCUGUACGAAGAUAUUAUAAUUUAUCUAAGAAAAUUCAUAUUUCAACGAUAUAAACGCAAUCUGACUCGUUGUUGCAUGCAGUUUCUUUGUGAUUACAGAUUGUUAUGUUUCUGUAUGUAAUAUUUUGCAUGAUAUAUGAUUGUCGUAAUACUGGGUUUUCAUCCAAUGUGAGAGUCACACUCUGUACGUCAUCGUAAAUUGAGUACCAUGUAAUCACCAUAUUUAAUGUUGAAUAUGCAUAGAUCGGUAUUUCUUUUCAAUUAUACAUUCGAAUGGCGAUACGCGUGAUGUAUAUUAGUGAUAAUGUGUGUGAGAUGCGUCAGAAUUAAUCUAAUCUAGUUAUGGCAUAAUAUUUAAUUGCAUACGCAUAUAGUCACUAAGAUCAUUGUUACGCAUUUUUGUAAAAUUUCUAGAUCAAUGUUGUAUAAAGUUCAUAGAUGCACAUGGAUUAAUGCGCCCUCAUAAUUCUCAUUUGCUACGUGUAUAUAGUAGAUGAAUAGAUAAUUAUCAGUGCUAAGCAAAACGGAUCGAUGAGAACACUUCGGAGGAUAUAGUACAAGACAAAACUAAUGGAUUUAUAUGCCAUUCGAUGAGAACACGAUAAUAUGUUCUAUGUACAUUUAUUAAAUAUAUUAAAAAGUAAUAAACGUCUCAAGAACA